AUGAUUGCGAGUAAGGUCAUCGGGGGCAUUGUGGGCGCAUUAGUGACGAUACGUUACGGGCUCGGCCUCUACGCGUGGCGCGUCAGCGAGCUGCUCGAAAGACCCAAGUACAGCGUCGUCGAGAAAUUGCCUGGAGGCGUCGAGAUACGAAGCUACGACGCUUACGUUGUCGCCGAGGCGACGAUGAAAGGGACGCCGAUGAGACAAUCGAUGGGCCCCGGGUUUGGAGCAUGCGCCGGCUAUAUAUUUGGUGGGAAGAACCGAGUCCGAGGCGUCUCCUUGAAGAAGACGUCUCGGAGCAUGAGCAUGACAGCCCCAGUGCGCAUGGAGACUUCCGAGCGUGCCACGAAGGUCUCGUUCGUGAUGAGCGCCAACGAGACGGUCCGGUCCCUACCUGUGCCGACCGAUUCGUCGAUGGCGCUACGGCAGAUCAAGCCGCACAUGGUGCCGACUCGGUGUCAUCGACUCAAUCUGGGCGCUCGCGACGACGUCUUUCGAGAGCGUGGAUUUCCCCCAACGCCAUCGACGCGACAUCAUCUUGCUACACAGGCCGCCUUCGUACGUUUCUCCGGUAAGCCACCAUCAGAGCAGCGCGUCGCCAAGGAACGGGCAAGGCUCGAGGCCGCGCUGGCAAAGCACGGCUACGAGGUCCGCCGCCCCGAGGAGACGCUGACCUACGGCUACCACGACCCAUUCGCUACGCCCAAUUUGUUGAGGCGCAACGAGGUCGGGUUGUACGUGGCGAAGAGGCGUACGUGGACCGCGUAG